ACAUAUAUACUCCUACACAGACAGCUGCAGAGAGGUCACAAAGCAUGCUUACCUUACCUGCAACAACACAUAUAAACACAGUGGCUAUAUAUCUAGCUAGGCCAAUUACCUUUGGUGUCAAGCCAAAAGUAAGAAUCCAUCCCCUUUCCCCCUUUUCCUUCCCCCCACCAAGAACCUUCAUAGAUAGUACUGCUACCACUCAUCACAUCUCCUACCCAGACACUUCCUCCUCCUCCUCCUCUCUCCCUCUCUCGUUCAUCCUUGCUCUUCCUACUCCUCCCCACCUCUCUCCUUUGAUUUCAGCCCUGAAUUGAAUAAUCCCAUGCAUACCACAACAAUUAAUCUAGCUACUACCUUGCACACAAACCCUUGGCUAGCUUAUUCCUCAUCAAUUCAUCCGAUCCCUGGCUAGGUAAUUCACCAGUAGUAGCCCUCGCCGCCCCCAACAAUUAAGCCAAGAGCCAAACCCUGCAAUUCUAAAUUAUUUUCCAAUAAUCCUAAGCCAUCUGCCAUCCACUAAUAUUUAACAAGGAAAUCCCCAAAGUCCUAUACUAACUAUAGUAGCAGCACACCACUGUUUGCCAUCCAGCAGCAUACCAUAAGCUAGCACAUAGUAUACUAGUGGUCAAAGUUGAAGGCAGCAGCAGGCCGGCCCGGCAGGAGGCAGGAGACAUCGUCUAUCGGCGUUCCUACCUACCUCCACGCCUCGAUCGCUAGCUGGAGGCGACGAUGGAGUUCACCGCCGGCCCGACCGGCGAGGAGCGGGCGGAGCAGCUGGCGGCGGCGGUGGAGAAGGAGCACAUGUUCGACAAGGUGGUGACGCCGAGCGACGUGGGGAAGCUCAACCGGCUGGUGAUCCCGAAGCAGCACGCGGAGAAGUUCUUCCCCCUGGACGCGGCGGCGAACGAGAAGGGCCUCCUGCUCAGCUUCGAGGACCGCACGGGCAAGCCCUGGCGCUUCCGCUACUCCUACUGGAACAGCAGCCAGAGCUACGUCAUGACCAAGGGCUGGAGCCGCUUCGUCAAGGAGAAGCGCCUCGACGCCGGGGACACCGUCUCCUUCGGCCGCGGCGUCGGGGAGGCGGCGCGGGGCAGGCUCUUCAUCGACUGGCGCCGGCGACCCGACCCGCCCGUGCAGUACCACCGCCUCCCGCUCCCUUCCAUCCCCUACGCGCCGUGGGCGCUCGGUGCCAAGACGACGACGACGGUGCUCCACCUGCCGCCCUCGCCCUCCUCGCUCUGCUACGACUACGACUCCCGCCGCCGCCACGUCGCCUACGGGGCCGGCAGCAGGCAGCUGCUCUUCUACCGGCCGCACCAGCAUCCGCAGGCCACGGCGAUGGUGCUGGACUCCGUGCCGGUACGGAUACCGACAACGCCAGGGCAGCACGCGGAGCCGCCGCCUCCCGUGGCGGCGUCGGCCUCGAAGCGGGUGCGGCUGUUCGGGGUGAACCUCGACUGCGCCGGCUCCGAGGAGGAGAGCGGCGGAGGGAGGGCGCCGCCGCUGCAGCUGCCGUCGCCGCCGUCAUCGUCGUCCUCCUCCUCCGGGAAAGCGAGGUGCUCCUUGAAUCUUGACUUGUGAAGGCGGAUCGAUCGGAUAUGUAGAUGGAGGUCUUGGUCGUACGAUGCCCGCUACAGCAGCUACUACUUCCCGGCCGCUUCGUUCUGGCACCAGUGACGACGGCACAAAUGGUCGUCGUGGAGAGGAUCGAGCGAGAAUUCGAGAUCCAAGUAAACAAAGGCGGCGGUGGCCGGGCGGUGCAAGGAAUUGGAUCGGAGGAGGAGCAGGGGAGCACCCGGCCCAGCAGCUACGUACAAUUAAUCCUCGUAACCCGUAUAUAGCUCAUCUCUCUCUUAAUUUUUCUCUAGCAAUUUCAGUGUGAGGGGAAAACAAGAAAAUUAAGAACAAAGCAGAGCAACAAAAAAAUAUAUUUCUUGCUUCGAUUCGCUGUGA